UCGCAGAAUGAGAAUGGAGGGGGCAUUUCCCCCAGAUAUUCAAAUCACGCCUGCUCUAGACUCAAGACUCCGCGUCCGUCCUUCGCGGCUUGUCUCCUCUGCGGCUGGACCAACCUGAGAAACGCCCGUUGACAUGUACCUUGCCCUGCCCGUCCAUACAUGGCCUUGCUUGCCUUGGCUAGGAGCCGGCCAUACGGAUACAGCCCUUACUGAACCGAGUUACUACGCCGUCCUUGCCCUCGUUCUCCGUCCCGUCCGUCGUCGUCUGCAGUGCUGCAAACUCGAGGGCCGCAGCCGGUUUGGCCUAAUUAAUCACCUUGCGUGUCCGGGUGCCGCCAUGCACAGUACAUGUUCACAGAAUGCCAUGUUUAUUCGUGACUUGGGAGGGAUCUGCGUCGUACCCAGUCCAACUCAGCAGCUUUCGUGCCCCCAUCUUACCAAGGCUUCUUUGUCCCAAUGUCGCGUUCAACCAGGGAAUAGGGAUUGGUAGUAGCUGCAAGGUAUCCGUAGAUUCGUGGGGGAUAUCCCAGCUAGGACAAAGCGCCAACGCCAGCAGCCAACCCCAGGAGUCUUUGCAAGCUUCAUUCCUUACACUCUGUACACCGUGCUCCGUAAGGUAGUAAAAAUAGGGAAGAGCUCAUUCAGUCGGUCUACGGAGUAGGGAUCAUAGGGCAUAUUUGUACCUACAUCCUUGCAUCACCUCAUAACAAGAAACGAGUGCUCUCAAUA